GCAGCAUGGCGGUGGAGGAGGAGGGGCUGCGCGUCUUCCAGAGCGUGAAGAUCAAGAUCGGUGAAGCCAAGAAUCUGCCCACGUACCCGGGGCCCAGCAAGCUGCGGGACUGCUACUGCACCGUGAACCUGGACCAGGAGGAGGUCUUCAGGACCAAGGUGGUGGAGAAGUCCCUGUGCCCGUUCUACGGCGAGGACUUCCACUGCGAGAUCCCGCGCAGCUUCCGCAGCCUGGCCUUCUACAUCUUCGACAGGGACGUCUUCCGGCGGGACUCCAUCAUCGGGAAGGUGUCCAUCCAGAAGGAGGACUUGCAGAAGUACCACAACAGGGACACCUGGUUCCAGCUGCAGCACGUGGACGCCGACUCGGAGGUGCAGGGGAAGGUCCACCUGGAGCUUCGUCUCAGUGAGGUCAUCACUGACACGGGUGUUGUCUGCCACAAGCUGGCUGCACGCAUCCUCGAGUGCCAAGGCCUCCCCAUUGUGAACGGGCAGUGUGACCCGUAUGCCACCGUGACACUGGCAGGGCCCUACAGGUCAGAGGCCAAGAAGACCAAGGUGAAGAAGGAGACCAACAACCCGCAGUUUGAUGAGGUGUUUUAUUUCGAGGUGACCAGACCCUGCAGCUACAGCCGGAAGUCACACUUUGACUUCGAGGAGGAGGACGUGGACAAGCUUGAAAUCCGGGUCGACCUCUGGAACGCCAGCAACUUGAAGUUCGGAGACGAGUUCCUGGGGGAGCUCAGGAUCCCCCUGAAGGUGCUGCGCCAGUCCAGUGCGUACGAAGCCUGGUACUUCCUGCAGCCCCGGGACAGCGGCGGCAAGAGCCUGAAGCCGGGCGACCUGGGCUCGCUGCGCCUGAACGUGGUGUACACGGAAGACCACGUCUUCGCCUCGGACCACUACCAGCCCCUGCGGGACCUGCUGCUCAAGUCCGCAGACGUGGAGCCCGUCUCGGCGUCCGCGGCGCACAUCCUGGGAGAGGUCUGCUCCGGGAAGCAGGAGGCGGCAGUCCCGCUGGUGCGGCUCUUCCUCCACUACGGCAGGGUCGUGCCCUUCAUCAGCGCCAUCGCCAGCGCCGAGAUCCGGCGGACCCAGGACCCCAACACCAUUUUCCGCGGAAACUCACUGGCGUCCAAGUGUAUUGACGAGGCCAUGAAGCUGGCGGGGAUGAACUACCUGCACGUCACCCUGAAGCCCGCCAUCGAGGAGGUCCUGCAGAGCCACAAGCCCUGUGAGAUCGACCCCGUGAAGCUCAGGGACGGCGAGAACCUGGAGAGCAACAUGGAGAACCUGCGGCAGUAUGUUGACCGGGUCUUCAGCGCCAUCACCAAGUCGGGGGUCAGCUGCCCCACCGUCAUGUGCGACAUCUUCUUUUCUCUCCGGGAGGCAGCUGCCAAGCGCUUCCAAGACGACCUGGACGUGAGGUACACGGCCGUGAGCAGCUUCAUCUUCCUGCGGUUCUUCGCGCCUGCCAUCCUGUCCCCCAACCUCUUCCAGCUCACGCCCCACCACACGGACCCGCAGGUGUCGAGGACACUGACGCUCAUCUCCAAGACUGUCCAGACGCUGGGCAGUCUGUCCAAGUGCAAGGCUGCCAGCUUCAAGGAGUCGUACAUGGCUGCGUUUUACGACUUCUUCAACGAGCAGAAAUACGCCGACGCUGUGAGGAACUUCUUGGACUUGAUCUCUUCGUCCGGGAGGAGAGACCCCAAGAGUGUAGAACAGCCCAUCCUGCUCAAGGAAGGGUUCAUGAUCAAGAGGGCACAGGGACGGAAACGCUUUGGCAUGAAGAAUUUUAAGAGGAGAUGGUUCCGCCUGACGAACCACGAAUUUACCUACCAGAAGAGCAAAGGAGACCCACCACUCUACAGCAUCCCCAUCGAGAACAUCCUGGCGGUGGAGAAGCUGGAGGAGGAGUCCUUCAAGAUGAAAAACAUGUUCCAGGUUGUCCAGCCCGAGCGGGCCCUGUACAUCCAGGCCAGCAACUGCGUGGAGGCCAAGGCCUGGACCGACGUCCUCACCAAGGUCAGCCAGCGGAACCAGCGGCGCCUCACUGUCUACCACCCGUCCGCCUACCUCAACGGCCACUGGCUCUGCUGCAAGGCCUCCUCAGACACGGCCGCCGGCUGCACCCCCUGCACCAGUGGACUCCCGGCAAACAUACAGCUGGACAUCGACGGGGACCGGGAGACCGAGCGGAUCUACUCCCUGUUCAACUCAUACAGGAGCAGGCUGGAGAAGAUGCAAGAGGCCUGUGGGAGUAGGUCCGUGUAUGACGGGCCGGAGCAGGAGGAGUACUCGUCCUUCCUCAUCGACGACCCCCAGGAGACCUACAAGACUCUGCGGCAGGUCCUGGCGGGCGUGGCCGCGCUGGAGCAAGAGCACGCCCAGUACCGGAGGGACAAGUUCAAGAAGACCAAGUAUGGCAGCCAGGAGCACCCCAUCGGAGACAAGACUUUCCAGAACUACAUCUCGCAGCAGUCGGAGACAUCCACCCAUUCCAUCUGAGCCCGCAAGGCCCAGAGCCUCCGCCGGGGCGCGGCAGGCCAGGACCCG